AUGUCUGGUUUCGAACAUACUGACUCGGGCAUCGCAGGCUCUGUCUACCUUGCCUUGUACACUAUCUAUUCAGCGUUUAUGAUCUAUGUGGUCUAUAAGAAGGGCUUCAAAACGGUUUAUACUGUUCUUUUAACUUUCCCGAUUAUUCGUUUUGGUUCUCAAUUGUGUGGUGUGGUGUUUUCCAAGCUUGGUAUUGAACAGCUCGACUGGCUUAUUGCAUACUUGGUCUUGGGUGCCGAAGGUUACUUUGUGCUUAUUUUAUGUGCUUUCAAGUUUGUUGCUCAGGCUCAGAAGGCAGAAACAGGGAACUCGUGGGUCGAAGAUGAAGGUUUUGAUAUUCCUGGUCUUAGGUUUUUCACGAAAUCCUGGUCCAGAAUGUUCCACAUGCUUCUUAUCCCUGCCAACUCUUUGGUUAUUGCCGGUGGUACUAUGCUUACUGGUGUCACUGACUUGGAGAAGGAACACGAUAAGGUUCAAACCUCCAAAGGCAUAAGAACUGCUGGUCAAGUGACUUUCCUUUUCAUGACUUUUAUCGUGGUGGUGUUCUCCUUGAAAGCUUACACCAAUGAAAGAGUCCGUAACCACUUCAACAUCACCGUGUUGCUCUGCUGUCCAUUCCUUAUUGUCAGAGGUAUCUUUGGUGUUCUUUCUAUCUACAUUGAGGACAUGAACUACUUCCAGUUCUCCAAUUACAGUGCUGACGGUGUUAACCAUAAGUUGGUUGUCUACGAAUACGUUCUCUCGACAACCAUGGAAUUCGUUGCCUCUUGUUUCCUCAUGAGCAACUUCUUCCUUGAGAAGAGAUACAAGAAGGACGAUAUAGAGAGCUGGCUGGAAUCUGAUAGACAGCAGGAUGCGUUUCCAAGCGACAGCGGGGAGGAUAUAAAGGCAUAG